AUGCAGCGACUCGCAGCAUUUAGUCGGCACUGGCGUCGCGGGCGGCGUUCGUCCCGCUCCGCCCGCGUCGUCUGCGGUUUUCGCUCGUUGACUGGUCCCCUGCGUCGUUGCUCCAGCGCUUCGCUACUGUUUUCUCCGUCCCGUAUGAACGUAGCGGAUCUGCUCGAAGUGUCCAAACAGUUUCGCAGCAAACAGACGAACUACAUCCACGAGGACGAGACGCUGGACGAUGCGGUCAGGUGCCUCAUGCAGAACGAGAACUCGGCGUCGCUUGUCGUGGUCAACAGAGAGCAUCAGGUGGUCGGGCUCAUUACCAAUCGAUUGGCCCUGCAGCGAGUCGCGCAGAUGCGGUCGGCGGGGGAGACGACGCAGUGGCACACAAAGGUGUCCGAGGUGGCGAUUCCGGCGAGGAAGAUGCUGUUUGUGUCGCCAGAAGACACGCUCGAGGAUUGUCGGGCGGUGAUGGCGCUGUCGGCUGUUGGAGAGCUGCCGGUGCUGAAAGGAAACAAACUGCUUGGCACGGUGUCCCUCACGGAUAUCGCAUCGCUGGUACAUCGCCACGAUGCAAAGCUGAGCCCCGACCCCUCGAGUGCCAAGUCCGACUACAUCAACCUGAUCCUGCCGCGCAAGGGAUUGCCAGCAAAUACGUUGCUUGACAAGACUGUUGUCCAAAACACGAAGGUCCGUCCGAACUAUCAUAGGUACUAUUUGCGCUCGUUCGCCAUGUCGGUUCCACAUCCGCAGAAGAAAGACACUGGCGGAGAAGAUGCUUUCUUUUUGGGUGCCGUGCCCCACGAAGACGCGGAAGACGCCGUGGCAGCGCUUGCACCGGAGAAUGAACGUACACAUGUUGAUCGUUCUAGUCCAUUGGCAACUGACAGAUCACAGGGUCCCGAGGAUGUGCUAGCGAUGGGGGUUGCUGAUGGCGUGGGGUCUUGGUUCGAGAAGGGGGUAAGUGCACGGCAGUACGCCGAGGAGCUCAUGGCUUCUGCACGUCAGGCAGUGAGAUUCUCAUACGCCAGAGAUCGCGACAUCAACCCUUCCGAAGUCUUGCACGCUGCUUGGUCGACAGUGCUCCAGAAACAAAUCAUCGGCAGCUCGACAGCUUGCAUUUUGACACUGAACCCGGAACAAGGAGAGCUGCAUGCCAUUAACUUGGGCGACUCGGGGUUCCUGAUCAUCCGCGACAAGGCAUCGGACCUCGAGACUGCACGAUUACGUGGUACGCUGGAUGGAUCGCUGACGCGCAAGAUUGUCAACCGCGAGCAUGACCUUACGCCGGCUGGCCGACGAAAGGGAGCGCACGUGACGUACCGCUCACCACAGCAAUUGCACUACUUCAACUGCCCUUUUCAGCUGGGGUUCGCGGGCGCUGACCUUGUGAGUGACGUUGUGGACGACUUGGCGCGUGGCACGCACUCGCCGAUGCGUGAGAAGCCGCUUUUCGAAACCCCGGAGAACGGAAUGCGACUGCGAGUACCAGUGCUUGAGGGGGAUCUCAUUGUUCUCGCCACUGAUGGACUCUUUGACAACGUGGAUGAGGAAGAUCUCCUUGACAUUGUACGUACCGAAGCGGACCUUGAGACCAUGACGCGCAAGCUUGUACACAAGGCCUACCGUUUGUCCCUCGAUCGAACGCGCGACUCGCCAUUUGCUCGCCUUGCCAAGGAGAACGAUUUGCUAUGGGGCGGUGGUAUGCCGGACGACAUUACGAUCAUUGCAUCUCGAGUCAUGAAACACAAGACUGGAGGGGAGAAGAGAGCUGAGGACACUGCGGCAGCUGUCGUCUCUGGAAGAAGCAGUAGCACGCGGGGAGUGCACAGCAGUUGA